AGCUCGGGUUCAAUGAUUACUUAUAUUCGUAGAAACAUGAAGUACAUCAAUCACGAAACACGUGUUCCAAGAUGGCCGUCGUCAGAGAGAGUAAAUUGGAGAAGAAUCAGGUAUUUUUGCGAAAUUUUUCUCCACUACAAUGAGAUCGACAGUUUUUAAUGAAAAUAUUAUAUUCCUUAGAUACAUUGCUACAAAUUUCGUUGUUUUAUAUUCUAAAUGAGGUGGUUUUUCUGGUUUUUUUUUGUAAAAAUUAUUGUGCCAAAUUUUCAUUCAACAUCAUUGGUCACAUGGUGACUAAAAUUGAAUGGUAAAAUAACGGUUUUACCCAUAGGCGUACGGGGGGGUGAGGCUGGGGGGGCUGCAGCCCCCCCCAAUUUUUUGAGAAUUUAUCCUAUUCGGGCAAAAAAUGUCUUGUCAUUCGGGCAACGACGGUCUGGUGGUUAGACGAAUAUAUUGAUCCAUAAAGCGGAACAGAAGUAUUAUUUCAACAAGUUCAACUUUUACAGGUUUAAUCAUGCACUGUAAAUCUGUAAUGGCAACGUUUGUGUAUAUUUAUUACUACCAUAGAUCGCAUAGCUGGAUUCAAGCAUGUUGCGUCAGGUUAACAUUUAUUAGAGGUCAAGUGCUCUAACUUAAUCGGAUUUGGUUUUGAUUUUUACGCACAUACCACUGCAGACGUAUAAAAUCCCCACAUAAUCGGCUAGAACGAAGGAACAAUUGCCAUGGCUACUAAUAAAAUGUCACUACUGUAUUCAUGCCUAUGUUCAGUAGUUUACCUAGCAUAAUGUAGGCUAUACAACUAUUAAACUAUAUAAGUAUAUAGUAUAUAGCUGCACAUAUUGUGAAGGUGCGGUAUAAGUGUGCGUAGUAACAAUCGGAUCAGUAAUGUUUAUCUCCCUUGAUAGCAUUGGUUGCUAAAUACAGUCUCUGGCCCUGGGCGGCACCGCGGCUAUGACACACCAGUCACUGAAAAUAGAUACACAUUAUAAUUGACAUUGACGUAUUAACCGUACAAAUACUGUACAAUGACCUUAGUCGGGCAGAUAGAAGGAAAAAACUUACGUUAUCGUGGGACAAUUCCAUUUUGCCUUCAUAUAUAUCGUGCCCUGAAGGCUAGUUAGUACGUUUCUGUAUGUUGGCCGCGUUGACAUUUCUUGUGGGCUCCUGCCGACACGUUUUUCUUCGAAUGUUGUAUUAAACACUAUUACAGUUAAAAAAUGUGAAAUUUCAAAUACAUUUCUCACACAAAUUACUUACAUCAUUUGAAAGCUUGCAAAAAACUACAUAUAAGACAUUUACACAGUUACCCGGGUUUUUCAAGUUAUUCUUGAGUUAUGAGCUGUUGAAUGCGUGUUUUCAGACUAGUGCCCAGGAAUUUUGCGAGAUUUUGGCUUAUUUGUCACAUUUGAAACGGCAAUAACUCGAAAACCGCUUGAGAAUCCACACUAACCAUUUAAACGUUUAAUAUGUAGUUUUUUGUUAGCUUUAUAUUGAUGCAAGUCAUUUGUAUUAGAAAUGUAUCAGAAAUUUCACAUUUUUUAACUGUAAUAUCUAGAGUUUAAUACAAAAUUCGAAGAAAAACGUGUCGGCAGGAGCCCACAAGAAAUUUUAACGCGGCCAAUAUACAGAAACGUACUUAUUAGCCUUCAAGGCACAAUAUGAAGCCAAAAUGGAAUUGACCCACGAUAUAGUAAGUUUUCCGUAAUUUUGGUCCUCUAUCUGCCUGAUAGAUCCAGUGAUGGAAUCAUCGGAUCCAUCCCAGUCGAAAAUCAAUACUUUCUUUGUAAAAAGUAACAUGACAACCAAGGACAAUGACCCGCAGUAUGAUCUAACCGUACUUGGAACUGAAUCGAGUGGUAGUAAGUAUUCUGCAGUCACGGUGUCUUUUGAUGGAGAUCUAUCUGAGAAAAAUGUGAAGGAACCCAUGAGCGAAGAUCAAACGAAACCAAUGACAACGUUCAUUGAUGUUGAUGAAUUAAAUUCACUGUCACAGCUCAGAGAAAAUAGUGAACAGAAUACGGUGACGGACAGUGAAAAUGUUACACCAUCUUUAGGUCGAAACGCGGACAGCUAGGGUUGCCUUCCUCCUCAACUUUAAUCUCUUGCUCUUUAUCCUCGCCUUUUACCGUGUCCCAUAAAAUUUCCACCUUUUUAAAUUUCUAUAUAAUCGUAAUUUCUUUAGGUUUUUACGUACAUGUUCAUGACAGCCAGGAGUCGGAGUUAAAAAAUUAAGAACAACAAUUUUUGGAAUACUGGUCCUCUCAUUAUUUAAGCUACACAAUGUCUUGUACCAGUACUUGUCCAAUUACCCAUUUUAUACCAAAAAAUGUUGUUACGUUAGUAACUUUCUCUUUCUUUGUGAAUCGUAAUGCCAUAUAUUUAGCUUAUAAUUGAAAUGGCUAGGGACGACAUAUUUCUUUUUAUAUCAAUCUUCAAAGGAAAGGCUUUCAUUUGUAGUCGUCUUAGAUUAUAUAAUUUUAUGAUGACGUCACGAAAUCUAUGACGUCAUGUCAUUCGGGCAAAUUCAGCCCAGCCCCCCCCAAAAAUAAUGUGCCCGUACGCCUAUGGUUUUACCCGAAAUGGUUAUAUUCUUUUUAAGGUGAUAUUAGAAAUCGCCUUUUAACCUUAAAGAUGCGGUACAGUCUGUAUGUAAUGCACCUAUCAAUGUUAAUCCCGAGGGAGGGGGGGUCGGGCAAGGGGUGGGGAUUUGACAUUUUUACAAAAAAAAAUGUCAAAUGCCACUCCCUCGGGAGAAAAUUCCUGGGCAAAAUUCCCCACCCCCGGGAUGAAAUUGUAUUACUGAAGUAUUUGGUUUCUGGUGCACUCUAUAUGUCAGGUGAUAGGGAAAUUACACAAAUACAUUUGGCGGUAUAAUUUAAAAGUAUAACAAACAUAAAGAACGUUUCAAAAUAACUUAAAAUACUCAUUAAUAAUUUAUAUACCUUGCGCCACACGUGGUGUAGUGGACUGGAACACAGGCUAAUAAAACACAGUAUUCUUAUAUAAUUAUAUUGUCAGUAUUCUAAUAUAAUUGUUCGCCCUAAUUAGUAUUCUUUUGUACUCGUAUUUUAAGUUUAAGUUUAUAUCUGAUAAAACACACUCCUACUCGUGUUUUAAAUAGUACAUAACGUGAACUUUUAAUAUACAAGUAUAAAUCGAUAUUAAUAUAAUUAUAAAAUGGCUUUUAAGUGUUUAUUUCUUGUCCAGAAAUUUCCAUAUUUCUUGUAAAAACAACGCGCGAGACAGCGAGCGAUAAACUAGUGCCCAGUCUUCAGUUUGUUCCUGACUCUUCCACAGUCCCUCGUUACCUUUUAGUGCGGGAGGAUAUGCCCGUUCGCGGGUUAGGCGUUGACAGCUACAACGCGGGCGACUGGGGACGAGUCAGAGUUUGUUCUAAAAUUGGCUCAGGUUUCUUCAGUAUAUCGUCUGAGAUCAGUGUUAAUCUGUCAAAAAUCCCCACCCUCGGGCCACUUAGAAAAAAAGUGUCAGUCCAAAUCCCGACCCAUGGGACCACCUGAUUGAUCAAAUCCCCACCCUUUGCCCGACCCCCGCCCCCUCGGGGUUAACAUUGAUAGGUGCAUAAACAAAGGCUUUGUUUUUUGUUUACAUUUCGGUAUCCAAAAUAUUGAAUUUUAUUCGACAACUACUUAUAUUUUCAUGGUUCUAGAGUAUAAUAAAUUAAGAAGAGACGACAAUCAAGCUUUGCAAGAACAUAAAAUGAAAUAAAAACCUAAAUAAACUGUUUGUAAAUAAAAAGAAGGCUCCUUUGUGCACAUGCGCAGAGCCGCAGAUCGUACCGCAUCUUUAAACUGAGCAUUUUUGAACUGAAUUGUGUGUAUAACAUAGUCUAAACAGCUUUUCAAAUUAAUACUGGACAUACAAAAUAGCCAGCUUUGCAGCUUUCAUUUUACAAUUUGAGCAACCCAAAGGGAGUGUGGGGGAAUGCUAUCCUCCCAUUAUUUUCACUGGGGGAACAGCAUUCCCCCUGACAAAACUCAAACAUGUGGGCCUGGCAUCCCCCUGACUAGAGUCAAUAGCCACUGCACAGGCAGAAGAUGCUAGACAUGCAUGUUUCAGCAUUCUAUGCCUCGUUAGUGCAGCUUGGUACACGUCUAGAUAUGUGAUGACCACCAUAUUGAUUCCCAUGAGCUUGCUCUCACCAAGCACAGUGACAAUGCAACAAGUGCCAUCUGGCCAGAGUGCUCAAACAACCACAAGGGAAGUGAGUUUUGCAUUAAAUCCCCACGCCCAAUUAAGUAACCACUCCAUUUUCACGAGCGUAAACGCUCUAAUAUUAUCAUGCUUGUUUUGUAAAGGUUGAACUGGCUGUUCCAGCCUUAUUGAAAUAUCUCGAGAAAACAAGAAGUAAAGAGAUGAGUUUACUGAAUGAGAACGAAAUAAUUUGGUUACAGCUUGCAUUGAAAAAAAUCCCAGAUCCCGACAAGAAGCCAAAACGAAUGUACGUAGAUUUUAGGACGAGGCAGUUCACAGUAAAAACCAAAAACUGUCUGAAAAAAAAUUGUUAUAACUUCUGUCAAAAUAUACUACAGUUAGAUUAAACUUCAUGCUACACAUUCAAGACUUUAGUUUAAAAACAGUUGUAUUAAUGGUAUAAUACUGACUUGUAAGCGGUAAGCCACCAGUAGUUGUGCUACUUUCUCACAUUAAUGAAGUUAUUACUGUUUGAAAGUUGGAAGUUUUGUCAGAAAAUGUUGAGCAAUUAUGCUGAUGAUCAUACCCUAAUAUGUAAUGUAGCCGUUUUAGGCUAUGCUUUUCUUGGCUUUAUUAUUUGAAAUUUUGUAAUAAUUGUUAAUGUACAUUGAAAUUUAUUUUAUGAAAUAGACCACUCCCAAAUCCAUUGUAUUCAAAAUCUACUGACGUAUGUCUAUUGUCAAAAGAAAAAGGCUCAAAUGUAAAAAAGCUCUUGAACGAGAAAGGAGUUACUUCAAUCAUGAAGGUUUGUUCAAUUAUGGCUCAUUCCAAAAAAAAUUAUAAUUUUUUUUAGACAUUGUUCUUGUUUUCUGAUAGGUUAUUCCCAUAAAAAAGCUGAAGACGCACUACAAAUCGUAUGAAUCUAGACGACAGUUGUUAACCUUGUAUGAUGUCUUUUUAUGUGACAACAGAAUAUACCAUCUACUGCCAAAGUUACUUGGCAAGGAAUUUUAUCGGAAGAAAAAGUAAGGCUCAAAAUAUUGCAUAUUGCAAUAUUAUGAAAAGGGGUUUAUAUCAUGAAUCUGUAAGAAUAGUUUGGUGAUAGUCUUUUUAGACCCGGCCUUGGAAUGUUGUUUAAUGUAUUAGAACUGAUAGAGCUAUCCAUUCCAGUAAAUAUUUAAGUUUGUUUAGUUCAAGUUUCCUCCUGUAGUAACACUGCAGCAACGAAAGAUGAUCCUUACUGCAGGGUGCGAUCAUUCAAGAUUUCUAGUCGUACCUGACUGGUACGCCAAUGGUUGUUGCCGCGUACUUGCGCUGGAACAAACUCAGUACUCAAUGUGUACUUAGUCUUUAAAAUAAGGUUCAUAAAGUACAGGUUUCUGAAAAGUAUGUUCAGACCACGAGGUAGCAAACGGAGUUUUGCUAUUUGAAAAGGGAGUUUUGCUAUUUGAAAAGGGUGUUUUGCUAUUUGAAAAGGGAGUUUUGCUAUUUGAAAAGGAAAUGCACCUCUAAGGAGAACAGUUUAGAACUGACGGAGCUAUACAGUUUAAGUUUACUCCAGCAGUAACACUAUCAAAUUUAAGGGAUGAUGACCGAUGAUCCUUACUGGACCUCUAAGGAGAACAAUUUAGAACUGAGAGAGCUAUCCUGUAUAAAAGAAGCUAGUUUGGUUUAUUCUGCUGGUGAAAUCUGACAAAGACAUCCAAGUGACUCAUCCAAUUUCAAUGUACAAGAAUUAAAUGUCUUCAAGAAUUGUUGCCAAUCUCCACACCUUGAGAAUAUUUCUGUGCAUUGCAUGUAAGGGGCAUUGUUAUUAUUCUUCAGGUUUCCAAUGCCAAUUGACGUAAACAAGAAAGAUCUAAGUGAAGAGAUCAGCAGAGCAUUGCGAUGUACAUUAAUCUCGGUCGGUCACGGAUCUUGCAGGUCAGUAUUACUAUUAUAGAUGAAGUCUUUAAACCUAUUGAGCACCAGCGCUCUUCUGUUGAUGUUCUCAUUUGACUGGGCAAGAGAAUUGAGAAAUCUCUCAUGCAAACUCUCGCUUCUCAACUCUCAUCAACUCUCAUGCAACUCUUGUUCUCGUUUGACCGGGGCAUGAGAGUUGAGAAAUCUCUUAUGCAAACUCUCGCUUCUCAACUCUCGUCCGAGGUUUUAAUGGUUCAAGGAGUUCUGUACUUCUGUUUUCUGGACAGUGUUUUUAAUGCACUCUUUUCUGCUUAUAUGUUGUUUAUCUUUAUAACUUUACGACCUCUUCUGUGACUUCUUAUAGUGCAAUUCGUGUUGCCCAUACCGGAAUGAGCCCUGACGAAAUCAUUACUAACAUAAUGGAUGGUGUAAGUGAAAUAGCCAAGAUAAUCCCCCGUGGUUGGACGAACAUUCAAUCAUUAAAUAUCAAGUCGUCAAACUCUAUCGCUCUACCCAUCCAUACCUCACUGCCUGACAAUAUCGAGGCCAUCUUGAAAGAACCACGGACGCAAAAGAGAAAAGUUGAGGACAAAACUAAAGCGAGAAAAAGUAAAAAGAAGAAAUUAGAUGAAGAUGUUAGCGUUGAUGAUGACGAUGGCAAAGAUGACGACAGUGACUAAAAAUUAAAAUAAAUUCUUAACAAAAUGUGUAAAGAACGUAUGGAAUAAUGGAUAAAACACACGGAAACAGAGUGAACAGAUUCUGAAUAAGAUAAAAUGUUCCACCCAAGAUUUGAAAACAACAACGAUCGGAGACAAAAGUUUCAAAGUGAUAUUUCAAACAUGUUUCAAAUUCAUCACCAUAAUGCCUAGGUUCACUUGUGUAAAAUUAGUCUGAAAAUGAUUUUGUAGGAAAUUGAGAAUAGCACUUUGAAA